UCUGCUUUUGAGUCUGUAUUGAAUCCGACGUUCAGCUCUGCGCUCUCAAAUGAGAAACGACUCCCACCGAAAUCGCAACUUUUUUUGUUGCAUAACAAGCCCAAAAAUCGUCGGAUAAACUUUGGUCGGCUUGACAUUUUUUUAAAGUGGUUUUGUUCUGGUUUUGCUUUGUUAUUUUUUGUGAUUGUGUGCAACUGUAUCUGGAAGUUUUCCUUGGACUGAAGUCAUGAUGUCAGAUAUCUCAGUCAACGACCAUCUGGAGGGGAUAUUGUCUGAUUUCGAGGCUUUGAAGAGGUCCUUUGAUAUCGAUGAUGUGAAUGAGAUCCCCACAUCUUCUGUCACAUCUCCCAUCAGCCCGAGUGCAAUCCUCAACAAGUCAAAUGAUGUGAGGAGUCCAGGGAACCAGGUGUCUCCUCCUUACCGCUCCAGGAUUAGUAUCAGCUGCAGUCCUGCCCAGAGUCCUGUUAUGAGAAAUAGGAUGGUGUCCAGUCUCUCCUUCAACCGAGGGAUAUUAGAAAAGCCAACUAUAAAUGCCAAUUCUGGGAUCAACCGAGCCGCCUCUUUUCAAAACAAAUUUAACCCCAAUGGCUUCAUUUCAUCUUCAGGUCCAGGAAGUGACAACGACAGUCUCCAUAGCUCCUCUUCCAGUCUGGAGUACCAGGCCUCUUCUAAACUCUACUCCUACACAAGCCCUCCCCAGAGUCCUCUUGGUGUUGGGGAAUUCAAGGCCCAACGUUUAGGCAGCCCUGCAUUGAAGAAGUUCUCCUCUCAUGGGAAUAUGUUCCAUUCAGAGCUGGAGGGUCCUCUGGUCAUCCCAACUGAACCAAUGGGUAUUAGCCAUGGCUCAAUGCCUUCUCUGGACCUGCAGAUGGAGACUUCAGGGAUGAGACGAGUGAUUUCUCCUGGAUCACGAUUCACCAAUACAGGUCCCCAGUGGGGUGGAAGUCCCCAUAAUAUCCAGAACAGCAGUACCUUUGCAAGGGACUCCUCUCUCAACAACCAGUCUCCUAGACCUAAAGAUCCAGUGCGCCUCAACAAGUUCCCUCUUGACCUUGACAACCUAGUCUUCAAGUCUCAAAUUGAAUCUCCGGGAGCACCUAAACCACCUCCAAGAUUCCACACAUUAUCCAACAGUCCUAUUGUCUCUGCAAGUCCCUCUGCAUCAAUCAGCAGCUUGGACAGCACCGAACUACCCCUGGCCCACAACAACAAUAACAACAUCAUCGAAAAGAGAGAGCCCCUCACUCCUCCUGGAGCUAUCCCAGUCCCCAAUAUCAGCGAAUCUCCAGUGCUGCUUUCUCCAGCCCAGACUCUUCAGUUCAAUGUAGUCUCUAAGCCUCAAGUGGUCCAGGUGGCCCCUGUCUCUCCUUCCCCAUCAGGAGAGAUGGAGAUCAGCAAUGACAUAGAUCAGGACGAUAUCCAUGCAAAAGAAAGCGUGGGUUCCAUAUUACAGCGGAUUGCCUCUUUCUCCAGAGUGGAGACUAAAUUGCCUGUGUUUGAUCCAAGUCUGGUCAUCCCCCCAAGUAAUGGCAUCAAGAAAGACUCACCAACAAUACAACACAUGGAGCUCAAGAGAUCUGAAGAAACAGGACAGGAGCAGGGCCUGGAUCUGGAGCCACCUGUCCGGAUGGAGGAGGAGAAGGAGGUCAUGGACGAGAGGGAGGUGGAGGAGAGAGUGGUAGAGAUAGAACGUCCUCUGCCAUGCCUCAAUGAUUCUGACACACAAGGCAUUAUCAAGGGCAGAGAUCUAUUCGGAUAUGUCGGCAUUGAGGCAGUCUUGGACCAGAUGAGACGCAAAACCAUGAAGGCUGGCUUUGAAUUUAAUAUCAUGGUGGUUGGUAAGUGGAACAUUGGUCUGAUUUAGUUGGAGAAAAUAAAUCAGGAUAUGUCCAGUUUGUAUUUUUGACCAGAAUAAUAUCAGGCCCUGAUAAAAAAAAAAAAAAAAA